UCGUCAUGGAUCUCACACGACAUCCCAAAACCAAACCUAAUCGGGUUCAGUUGGGAACGGUGUCGUUUGCUUCUCCCUAUCGUUCGUAUUCACUUUGUCAUUGACAUUGACAACGAUUCCAACUACAGACCACUAAAGUGAAAAAUUUCUCAGUCACAAAAAAUUUCUUAACUCCCUUUUUCUCCUUGUCUAUAUUUCUCUUUGUCUUGUCACUCUGCAAAUCCAUUUCCCAGCUUUCAUCUUGAAUUUGAGACAUCAAUCUGGGCUUGUGCUAUUUGGCAAGUUCACACCUAUUUUACUUACUGGUUGACUUUUGUGAUGGAGAUCCGCGUAACACUGCCGAGUCUCCCAUGGAUCUUGUGCAUUUGAAUAAUGUUGCUCGAGUAACAAUAUCCUGAUUGAAGAAUUCCUUUGACAGGGGGAGAUAUUAGGUUGUUGUUUGGGUUUGUAGUUUAUUUCUAAAAUCAGGAGGUCCUUGCAUUGUAAAAAACUUCAAGUGUCCCUGUUGCUUUUCAAAUUGUUGGCAGAUGUCAGAAACUGACUUGGCAGUUAUUAAACCUGAGAUGAUGAAGCCUUAUGUUUGGCUUCAAACUUCAGAUGAUUCAAUCCAACAAGUGGAACAAGAAAUUGCAAUGUUUUGCCCACUUAUAUGUCAAGAAAUAAUACAAAAAGGCAUGGGAUCUUCCAAGAAUUGUGCAAUAUGUCUUCCUCAACAAGUCAGUCCUGCCAUGUUGAGCUUAAUUCUUGAUUAUUGUCGUUUUCAUCAAGUACCAGGCCGGUCAAACAAGGAACGUAAAUCUUAUGAUGAGAAAUUUGUUAGGAUAGACACAGAGAGGCUUUGUGAGUUGACGUCUGCUGCAGACAGCCUUCAGUUAAAACCAUUAGUUGAUCUAACCAGCCGUGCACUUGCUCGAAUAAUUGAAGGGAAGACGCCAGAGGAGAUACGCGAUAUAUUUCAUUUGCCCGAUGAUCUUACAGAGGAAGAAAAGCUGGAGCCAUUGAGAAAUAUAACUGCUGACCCAAGGAUCAGGCUUUUGAACCGUUUGUAUGCUAAAAAGAGAAAAGAAUUAAAAGAGCGCGAAAGGUUAAAGAAUGUUGAAGUUGAAGAAGAACAUGUGGAUGAUCGUUCAGUUGAUGACUUAUUGUCUUUUAUCAAUGGAAAUGAUGGAGAUCCCAAGGGAGUUAAAACUUCAAAGAAUAAAAAGAAGAACAGGAGGAAAAAAGAGCAACAGAAGAAUUCUUCUCUGAAGGAGGCAUCUGAAGUGAACAAGAAGGAGGUAAAUGGUCAUGAUAUCAGACACCAAAGUUCUGAAGCUGAGAUAAUUAGUGAGACCUCCUAUUUACACUAUGCAGAAGAUGAUGCUUUUACUUCUAAGCCUGAGUUUGAUGAUGGUGAUAUAGAUGAUGAGAUUGAUCCUGCUUUAAAGGAAAAAAUUGACAGAGGACAGGGUUGCAGAGUGAUUGAACUUUUUGCUUAUCUCUUUUUGGGUUUUCAAGAAAUCUAAUAGGAAGAAGCUCAAUUUAGAAUGAGUGGGCUUCAGGAACCACUGGCCCAUGAAGGUAGUAAGACACGAUGGGAAAAAGUGUAUAUGAGAAAGAAGAAUCGAAUGGUUGAGGUGGCAUGACUUAAGGGUAGAGCAGUUGGAGGAGAGAGAAAAGAACAUUUUGGUGAGAAAAAAAUGAAUUGUGGAGGGGGAGUGGAGAUCCUAUUUGUAUUCUGUUCGUUGUUCUAGAGGAGCAUAGCUUUGGGCAGUUGGAUUUGUUAUCCUAUUGUAUUUUGCUUUCAUUAAUAAAAAUAAUACAUGCAUCAGUGUUUACUUCAUUUCUUUCUACUUCUUGCUUUUGAGGUGCAGAUCUUUAAUAUAGGCUACAUCGAAAAGGGACAUGUCAAAAAUAACAUUGAUUUCCUUACCUCCGGUUACCUCAUCAACGGAUAAAAGAAUUGGUGUCGCUGAUCCAGAAAAAAGCAAGAGUAUAGAUGUUGUAUUUAAUAUGCAAGGUAGAGAACAACUUGACCAUGAAGUUACUAGAGCAUUUCACUCUUCUUAGGGUUGCCAUUUCAUUUAGCAAGAAAUCCUUGCUAUAAAGAAAGCAUUUUCUAUGCUGCCAACAAUUAUCUUAGUGAUUACAAACCUUCCAGCUAUAGUAAAUGGGGGACAUUACUUCAAAAUGAGAGGAAUCAUGCAGAGAAAAUUGUUACAUCCAGUUAAAAAUUCAAGGAGCCAAAACAUUGCUGGUGAUGAAUGGAGUUAUUCUAAGAAAAGAUCCCUUAUUAAUUUCAUGGCUGUCAUGGAGAACGGACAUAUGUUUCUAUAAGUUAUAGACUGUUCAAAUUAGGUAAAAGACAGAUGGUGAAGCUUUUUGUAAAGUAGCAGGUUUAAUGAUUGAAGCUCACUUUCAAUCUAUUUAUCGAACUCCAUGUGUAUUUCAUA